CGAGACCCCGUGCUGCCUAAGUUUGGGAGAAGGAAUAGAAGAAGAAAAAGAAAAAGAAAAAGACAAACCCAGAGCUGCCCCUUUAAGAACUUCCUUCCCCUUUUACUCUAUGUUUACAUAACACGGGAGCCGAUCUGCCGCUGCCCGAGUGCGGCAGAGAGUGGGUGCGGGCGGCUCCACGCGCCGGGAAGGGGCCGCGGGACAGCAGGGGCCACCGGGCUCUGCGCGGAGGGCGGGGAGGCCCCACCUGCCCAUGCGGGCGCCGGCCGGGUGGUUGGGCUGUUCCGCCCCCGCCCCUCCUCCGCCGCUGCCCCCGCCCCGUCCCUGCUGGCUCGCGCCCGCCCUCCCGCGGGGCUCCGGCUGCGGCGGCGACGACGUUGCUACUCCGCGCGGGCUGGUUUCCCUGCUGCCCGGUCCCAUUUGUUGCCGAGUCCGGCUCGGGGCGGUCGCAGCGCCAGAGCUCCGGGGAGCCCGGUGGGGCAGCGCACAGCCACGACGGAGCAGCCACGGGACUGGCCGCCCCGCGCCCCCUUCGCCGCGGUGCCUUUCCCCGGCGCGCUCACCCCGUUCUCGGGAUGGGAUUGUAGCGGCGGCGCGGACUCGGCGGGGAUCGCGGCGGAGGCGGCGCCCGCGGCGGCGGCCGAGCGGGGCUCCAUGUUUUCCUCGGGCCAGGAGGAGCCCAGCUCCCCCAAUAAGGAGCCGGUGAAAUACGGGGAGCUGGUGGUGUUGGGGUACAAUGGUGCUUUACCUAAUGGAGACAGAGGACGGAGAAAAAGCAGAUUUGCUCUUUAUAAACAGCCCAAAGCUAAUGGUGUCAAACCCAGCACUGUCCAUGUGAUAUCCACACCUCAGGCAUCCAAGGCUAUCAGCUGCAAAGGUCAACACAGUAUAUCGUACACUCUGUCAAGAAACCAGACUGUGGUUGUUGAGUACACGCAUGAUAAAGACACAGAUAUGUUUCAGGUGGGCAGAUCCACAGAAAGUCCUAUUGACUUCGUUGUGACAGACACAAUCUCAGGCAGUCAGAACAAUGACGAAGCCCAGAUCACACAAAGCACCAUCUCCAGGUUUGCCUGCAGGAUUGUCUGUGACAGGAAUGAACCUUACACAGCACGGAUAUUUGCAGCUGGAUUUGACUCUUCCAAAAACAUAUUUCUCGGCGAAAAGGCAGCAAAAUGGAAAAACCCUGAUGGCCACAUGGAUGGACUCACCACAAAUGGAGUCCUGGUGAUGCAUCCAAGAGGUGGUUUUACUGAGGAGUCCCAACCUGGGGUCUGGCGUGAGAUCUCUGUCUGUGGAGAUGUGUACACCUUGCGAGAAACCAGGUCGGCUCAACAAAGGGGAAAGCUGGUGGAAAGUGAGACCAACAUCCUCCAGGAUGGCUCCCUCAUUGACCUGUGUGGGGCCACUCUUCUCUGGAGAACAGCAGAUGGCCUUUUUCAUGCCCCAACUCAGAAGCACAUAGAAGCUCUCCGGCAGGAAAUCAAUGCUGCCCGACCCCAGUGCCCUGUGGGGCUCAACACCUUGGCCUUCCCCAGCAUCAACAGGAAAGAGGUAGUGGAGGAAAAGCAGCCUUGGGCAUAUCUCAGCUGCGGCCACGUACAUGGGUACCAUAACUGGGGCCAUCGAAGCGACACAGAGGCCAAUGAGAGGGAGUGUCCCAUGUGCAGGACUGUGGGCCCCUACGUACCUCUCUGGCUUGGCUGUGAGGCAGGAUUUUAUGUAGACGCAGGACCACCAACUCAUGCUUUCACCCCCUGUGGACACGUCUGCUCAGAGAAGUCUGCAAAAUACUGGUCUCAGAUCCCACUGCCUCACGGAACUCACGCAUUUCAUGCCGCCUGCCCUUUCUGUGCCACGCAGCUGGUUGGGGAACAGAACUGCAUCAAAUUAAUUUUCCAAGGUCCAGUUGACUGAUACCCCCCGACAGCAUCUUUAUUAAAAAGUUACUGUGAAAAUUUUGCCACUAACUCUAGAUUUUACCUUUUUU